AUGUCAAGGAAAGGUCAAGGACAAGAGCACAUGGCAUACCAUGGAGGGAAGGUCCACUAUUAAAUGAUGCUCAACUAGGAGCAUGUGCUGAAGGUUAAGUGGGUGAACAACAGUCAUGGGUUGAAUUUGUACUGACAUGUUAUCACAAUUCCUACAGGUGGUGCAGUACAUGUAAUGUAGAGCAUGUAAAUACUUCUCCUCAACGUGCAUCUUAGGCCACACCCUUGCCAGCAUGUCACACAAGUCUUUACUUUCGUUUUCACUUAAGAUGUUCUGCUGUUGAAUAAACGUAGUUACAUAAAGGAAAAAGUUUGCCUCAGCCAUAUUUUAGGUUUUUAGGACUUUUUCAGGUCUUUAAGUUUUUUCAGUCUUCAGAUUUACAUUUACUACCAGAACCUGUUUUGUUAGACCUCUAUCAUUUGGUAAGUUAUCUUCCUGUUUUACAGUUUAUUCUUGGAGGUACUGAAGCCUCUUUUCCUGAGCCUUGUGUGAAAACCAGCCAUUGUCUGUCAAGUUUAUGUUACGUCCACCAAUACAAUUAACUGCUGGAGGUGUUUUGUAGGCCUACUGCCACACAGUUACGGCUUCUUGCCUGAAGACUUUUUUAAGUAUUCAGUAUUAUGUUCAAAUUGUAUGAAUUCUGGAGGUACUUACUUUAUCAUAGAGUGAAAUUGAAAGGGUUAACAGGAUACCAGAAAGGGUGACAUGGUCUUUUACUUUGUUACAAGAUCAUAAUAUAAGUAUUAUUGUUUGUUCUACUUAAUAACAUUUAAUCAUGAUGCAUUCAAAACCUGAAACCAUUGUUUGUUUAAUACUCUAAAAACCAUCUUGGGUAAACCAGAAUCAUGCCUUAUUAAACAUUAUAUUGGUCCAGUUAAACUUAGAUUGCUACCAACCUAUAAAAAUAUUAGACUGUUUUACCCAAUAGACAUUUAUUUAUUAUUUCCAAAUAGGCCAUGGAAUUUCUGAUGUCAUACAAGAAGGACCUGUGCAAGUGGUUAUCAAUGAAGGAUGCUAAGUAUAUCAUUGACAAGUGUGAAAAUAUCCUAACAGCUAAACAGGAUAAGGCUAUUGGCAAACAAAAAACUGAUGCAGGGAAGAUCAGUCUUCUUUUGGAGACAUUCAUUGAAAUGGAAGAUAGUAAAUGUGAGGAAUUCCUUAAGAUACUGAAGGAAGAGCAGACACAUUAUCCAGGCCUUCAACAACAUUUCAACAAGCGCACACAAGGUAAAGCAGUAUACAUCAACAUUUGUAGUGAUAUAAACCAUUUAGAAAUACUUCAUAUGGUUAUGAUAAGAAAACAUACAACUCUUACAGUAAAGCUUUUAAAUAUGUCUUACUAUACAUAAGGCACCAAUUUAAUGGUUGGGUUUGCUGGUACAAUGUUUAUUAUAUUCUGUAAGGUCAUAUCUAACAUGGCAAUAACGGAUGUGUUUUGAAGCGUCAUCCAGCCCAACGGUGUAUGCGGAAUGCAACAGCACUGUUGAUACCAGGAAAGUCACCAAUGUCAGAGGUAUAAAAGACUUAGACAUGCAUGUGAACAUUCAAGCAGGAUCGGGGAAUCCAUCUGGUGAGUGCAACUGUGAAUAAGCCAACAUGGUAAUACUGAGAAAAUGUUGCUUACUAACAGCUAAAAGAAGAACAUAACACAAUUGUAUAUUUACUUGGACAAAAAAUUUCUCUUUCAGGAAUGAACCUCAGCCAAACAACCCCACAUGCAGAAAUGGUUGCAACAAACCACAGCCAUAUAUUUGCAUCAGAGAUAUCGAACUGUACAAUUGAUGGCAACCUCAAUAUGUCUGUGUUACAGACCCCAGCCCCACAGUGUCCAGGUAAAAUACUGUAUUUAGGCAGGUUUUAUCUUCACAGGUCUCAGUGGUAGCUGUGUUAGAGAACAGGAUAAUCUUGACAAAUAACCUUGACAAAUAAGCUCAGUGCACAGACAUUUUGAUUAAAAUAAUGUUCAAUUAUGCAUUUGAUAUGUGAUAUUUGAAAUAAAAGAAUGGCAACUUAAUAUAUUUCAGUGCCAUCAAAGCAAACAGAAGAUGUAUCCUCAUCUCAGGUAGUCAAUCAGUUUUUUUAAUGAUAGAUGAUAAACUUAAUUAUUCAACAUAAUUAUUGUUUUCUUUGAGAAACAAACAGCUUAUCACUACAAAUUGCUUCUGUAGGGCCCUGUGAUGAAAAGUAUCAUUGAGAAUAAGGUGAAACUCAUUGACUGGCUCCGAGCAGAUGCAGGCUUCAUUCCCAUAGUGUGUUUUCAUGUUAGUGACAUUGGUGCACUAUUCUCAAUAUAUCACCUUUUCUCUUUUAGGACCAUCACAGCCCAAGAACAUGCCAUUUUCUGCAUCGAUUGCUUCAAUUUCAGGUAGAUAAAUAUUGUGAAAGGGCUGUAACACUGAAAAUGCCAUUGAUACAUGUAUCUUACUUUAAGAAUGUAAUUAGAUUUAUGCUAAAUAUAUUUAUUUCUCUUCCCUGUGAAAGACAAACAUGGGUUUUUGAAAAGUUACCGCACAGCUCUGGUUAGCCGGGUGAAAAAUGUGAAGGCCAUUGUAGAUGAUCUGCAGAGCGGAGGUUAUCAUGAUGAAAUGGCUGCCACGGUGAAUGCCCAGUUGACACCACAAGAAAUGAUGAGGAAGCUCCUGGAUAGCGCGACCAGCACCGGGGCUGCUGAGGCCCUGAUUCAAGCCCUUUUUACUCAUCAGAAGGAUGUCAUGGAUGACCUGAAUGCUGAAAAAGCUUGAAGAGGUCAAUUUGUUAUUCAUUAUCAUUUCUCUAUAUCAGGGCUAUUUUUAAACUUUUUUAAUCACUGUUUUAUUAAUCUUAAACACCUGCCUGGUCUUGUCACGUACGUUAAGAAACGGGUCGGACCAAGGUGCAGCGUGAAAGGCGUACAUGUUUA